AUGUGCCACGUUCUGACCCGUGGGGGCACGACCGCAGCACAUGUCUUCUACUUCGUUGUACCUAAUGAUGACGUGGUGGUCAAUACCCUCUUGAAAGAAAGUUCAGUCCUGCGCAAGGCAGGUGUGAAGAAGUGGUUUGAGGGCGGAGACGCUCCAACGAGCAAGGAGCGGGUGAACAAUCGUGUCAAGGUCACACGGCAGAAAGCCCUGUUCCAGGACGGUGAUGACAAGCUCAUCAAGGUGGAGCAGAAGAUUGAUACUGUUACUGCAACCUGCUUCAAAUGA